AGAUGGAAGAUAACAAUGAUAACACAGCAGCUGGAGAGGGAGGAGAAAGUGAAACCAAUUCUGUGACAAAGAACAAAGAGCUGCCUAAGCUCACACUUUUGUUAAUUGGUGACUCAAACUCCAUUGAGAUUGGACCAAAAAACGUCUUACUUGACCAUGAAAAGAGAAGAAACGUGGAAGAGUUUUCAUCCAAACUGUGUGAUUUGUGUGGUCGACACAUCUCUGUCAUUAACAUGCUUGGUUUAGAAAACAUUGAAGAAUUCCCGGUAAACCAGGGAAAUCAUGCCUUUCUAUUACUGUUACCAUAUGGUCUGCAUAACAGCCAUUACAGCUCGAGAGUUCCGCAGCUAGAAAGAGCUUUUGGGAAAAGAUCGCUUCUUAAUGUAAUGACAGUUGUGACUCAUAAGCCAGGUGAAAAAUGUGAAAGUGCACUGGCAGACCUGAAAGCUCACAGCGGUUUUAAUGAAAAAAGAUUCCACACAUGUACAAGAUGCAUGACAGAUGCCAACGACAUAAUAGAUCUGUUAGAAAAAAUAGAUGUCAUGGUCUCUGAGAACAAAUGCUGCAGUGAACGUGAAGAGCAGAGAGAACACCUGGACUGCAAAUGUGACAAGGAAAUAGGGAUCAGACAUGAAGAGAGGGAGAAUCUGACUGAAAAUCUAAAGUGUGAGUCUUUGAAUGGACCUGGAGUUGCUGGACACUCCCAGCAGAAUGAUGGCAGCGCAGGGGGAGAAGGUGGACACAAGACUGUAUCAGCUGAAACUGAGGAGAAAGUGUCAAAAUCUCAGCUCAUGAACACUUUGAUCAAUGACCGUCACAGCACCUUCUUCCACAGGAACUGUCCAGGUAGCACCAAAUCUCGCCUGCUGAUGGAUGGUGUGGCAGAGAUUGCCUGCUAUGAUGAAAAGUGGACUGAGGUCUUGACUCUGAAGAAGAAACACGACAAAUCUGAUCUGUUAACAACCAAACAAACAGAGCUUGAACAAAUCUCCAAAAAACUGCAGUCUGCAACCUUUGGCCUGGAGCACAUCUUCAGAGAAAUGGGACAGAUCUAUGAAGCCCACAGAGAAAUACCAGCAGAGAGCAGAGCAGUAAAACCAAAACAUACAAACACUGAGUGGGUUAAAUACCCUGAACUGGCUGCAGAUCUGAUGAUUUCAGGACACCCAGUGGAGCUGAUGGAUGGUGAUGCAGGUCAUGUGCCUCUAACAUGGAUCUCUAGUCUUUUAGAUGAAGUUAUCAAGAAACUAGGCGACCAGAGAGUUUUUGUGUUGUCAGUUUUGGGCCUACAAAGCAGUGGAAAAUCAACAAUGCUGAAUGCCAUGUUUGGAUUGCAGUUUGCAGUGAGUGCAGGCAGGUGCACCAAAGGUGCCUUCAUGCAGCUGGUCAAAGUGUCAGAGGAAAUCAAGAAAGACUUCCAGUUUGACUAUUUUCUAGUGGUGGACACUGAAGGACUUCGUGCUCUUGAGCUGGCAGGAAAUACUACUCGUCAUCACGACAAUGAACUAGCAACAUUUGUUGUUGGCCUAGGAAACAUAACACUGAUCAACAUCUUUGGUGAGAAUCCAGCUGACAUGCAGGAUGUCCUGCAGAUUGUUGUUCAGGCUUUCAUGAGGAUGAAGAAAGUUAAACUUUCUCCCAGUUGUGUGUUUGUUCACCAGAAUGUGACAGAUAUCGCAGCUACUGAGAAAAACAUGGAUGGGAAAAGACGCCUGCAAGAAAAACUGGACCAGAUGGCUCAGCUAGCUGCUAAAGAGGAAUCAUGUGAUGCUGAGUGUUUUGGUGAUAUCAUUUCCUUUGAUGUGCAAACAGAUGUGAAAUACUUUGCUCAGUUAUGGGAGGGAAGUCCACCGAUGGCUCCUCCAAAUCCAGGCUACAGUGAGAGCAUCCAAGAGCUGAAGAACAUCAUCCUGUCUAAAGCUAAACAAUUUGCUGGCGUAAAACUGUCCCAUUUCAAAAGCAAAAUUCAAAACUUGUGGAACGCCCUGAUGAAUGAGCACUUUGUUUUCAGCUUCAAAAACACAUUGGAAAUUGCAGUUUACAGAAAACUUGAGGUUGAAUAUGGAAACUGGACCUGGGCCCUGAGGAGCAACAUGCUGACUAUUGAAAACCAGCUUCACACCAGAAUUGAAAAUGAAGAACUUGACAAAAUUAAGCAUAGUGAUAUUUUUAAAGAAAUGAGCAAAACAUCUGAAAAAAUCAAGAAAGAUAUGUCAAAGUACUUUGAGGAUGACAAAGACAACGAAAUACUGGUUCAGUGGAGAGGCCAAUUUGAAAAUAAAAUAAAGGAGUUCCAAGACGAACUGGUGAGAGGAGUGGAAAGAAAACUGGAUGAAGUUAUUCAGCAGAAGAAAGCUUGUAAAAAGCUGGAUGAUAAGAAGACAGACUUCGAGGACAAGCUGCUACAAAAGAGUGAAGAGCUCGCUCAUCAGUUAAAAGACAAAGCAAAAGAUGAAGAGAAACUUAAAAAACAGUUUGAUGGUGUUUGGAGUGACUUGGUGAGAGAAUUAACUACAAAUAUGCAACCCAUUAAGGACAUCAAUCUUGAAGAUGACCUGGCAAAUAUCCUUCAUAUCCUUGGUUUCGAAUGGGGUCUUAUAAUUGACUCUAAAAAGAGUAGCAAAUACAAAACAAUAUCCCAGGUCAGUGAUUACACUGAAUACGUAGUCCUUCGCAAGCACCAAAACACAAGAGGACAGGGGUUUGCCAGCCAAAUGUAUGCAUAUAUUGAAGAUAAAACUGAAAAACUAAAGUGUCACUUUAAAGGACUUCUUGAGCAUGGGGACCAGGGACUGAUCAUAUCACUAAUAACCAGUGUUGAAAACCAGUCUCUUCAUGAAAUUAUGAAGAAACCUGUAGCAACAAGAGGCUACAGUUCAGCUUACUUACAAGAAGUGGCCCAAAAUGUUCAGCGGACAGUGACAGAGUUUGAACAAAACAAGAAGUAUGCUUUCAAGAAGGAGUUCACAGUUGAUCUCCUACUGUAUGUAUUUGACAGGGCAGCCACUUGGCUUUCAGAGUCUCACAAAAUAUUCACAGUGAAAAAUGAUGCACACACUUACUUGGAGAGUAAAAAACCACAAUACUACAACAUUUUUAGAAGCUUCUGCAAAGGAAACUCAUCUGCUGUUGUGUUUGGAGAAAUGAUCUGUGAAAAACUGAAGGUUUCCAUUGUUGAGGCUGUUUGUAACAAGACUGCCAUUGAUCUCGCUGGAAAGAUGAAGUGCAGCUACCCAGCAUUCAGUGAGAACAGACUGAACUUAGAGAAACAUUUGUUGAAGUCCCUUGCAGAGAAAGAGGACUUUGAUGCUUUCAUCACCUACAUCAGAAAUCCAAAGAAGCAAGUACAAGCUUUUAUCAAAGCGAGAGUAAACACAUACAUGUCCGGAGAAUCAAAAGAUGCAGCAUUGGAUAUACUCAGGAAAAAUGUGGAGGACAUCAACAAACUUGUCAGUCAAGCUUUAUUUGAUGCAACAAAUCAAGUCACAACACAGAACGGAGACAUUUACAUGUGGGUUAAGGAGUUUUCCAGGUUCCUUAAAGAUAAACUGACCCUUGGUACCAUCUCUUGUCAAAACUUUGGGGACAUAAACAAUUUUGACUUUCUUAAAGAAGAGAUUGAGAAAGGUCUUAUAUCCAUCAAAGAGGAGAUGAAUCGGCUUUCCCUGGAUAAGAUAAAGGAAUUCAGACUGAGACCUGAUCAAAUCCUCAUUGAUCAGCUGUGUGACUGUUGCUGGGAAACCUGCCCGUUCUGUAGAGCUGUUUGUACCAACACUAUGGAAGAUCAUGUGAUUAAGGACAAAAUUGAUCACAGUUGCCCCUUUCAUCGAUCUAAAGCAGUCAAUGGUGUGCAUUACAGAAACACUAAGGAAAUUAGUAUUAAUUUCUGCACAACAGAAGUUGCAAGUGAUAGAAGCUUUUACCCAGAUGGAGUUUCAGAAGAGCUUUUUCUUUAUAAAGAGUACAGAAAAGCUGGGCCGAGGUUUGCUAACUGGAGCAUUACUCCUGAUGAGUAUACAUCGAAGUACUGGAUAUGGUUUGUUUGCAAAUUUAAGAAGAGGCUAGAAGAGCACUAUGGUUUAAGUUUCACAGGACGUGGUGAGAUUCCCCCUAAAUGGACAGAAUUCACUAAAGAAGAGGCUAUUCAAAGUCUGGAUGAAAUGUACCGUACACGCUGA